AAGCCGUAUUCCUGUCGGUAGGAAGGAUUGUGUUGUAACACCGCCUGUUCUCGCCGUGAAUGUGUUUGUAUCUUUAUUCAUUAGAAACGGAAUAAUUUGAUACCUAUUAGCUUGUUUUUCAUCGCUUACUUCGCCUAAAUGAGUGACCGUUAGCCGCCGGGGUAUAGCUUUUAGAAAUGGCUGCGGAUGAUAUUGACUAUAAUAUUGUGUUUCCAGAUGCUGGCACAUCAGAGAGGCAUUGGCAGGGGACAAAGGAGCCGGUUGUGAUCCUGCUGGGAUGGGCUGGCUGCAAGGACAAACACCUCUCUAAAUACAGCUCUAUUUACAAUGAUAAGGGGUGCGUCACCAUCCGCUACACAGCUCCCCUGAAGACCGUCUUCAUUUCUGAGACGUUUGGCUACAAGGAGCUGAGCAGCACUGCCCUGAAACUGUUGGAGAUCCUCUAUGACUACGAAGUGGAGAACAGCCCCGUCUUCUUCCACAUCUUCAGUAACGGCGGCUUCAUGCUCUACCGAUACAUCGUGGAGCUGCUGCACAGUGACAAACAGUUCAGCUCCCUUCGUGUGGUUGGAGCUGUAGUGGACAGUGCACCGGGGAGCGGGAACGUCCAAGGCGCCUUGCGUGCUCUCACAGCUACCCUGGGGCCCAAAAUAAGCCCUUUUCUGAAGUACAUCCUCCUGGCGCUUUUUGCAGUGAGCGUUUUCCUCCUGCGAAUCGUUCUGUACCCAGUGACAAAGUUCAUCCACAAAAACCACUAUGACGCAGUGGGAGACAGGCCACCUGCCUGGCCUCACCUCCUCCUGUACUCCACAGCGGAUCAGGUGAUCAGACACAGAGACGUUGAGCUGUUUAUGGAGACCGUGACAAAGAAGGGCGUCCCGGUGCACAGCUGUGAUUUUACCUCCAGCGCCCACGUCUGUCAUUUUCGUGAUUUUCCCGAGCAAUACACGAGCAAGUGUCGUGACUUCCUGGUGGCUUGCAUGAAGGAUUUGGAAGGACCUGAAAUAAAAAAAAGACAUCUAGUUCAGAGUCAAUAGAACGUCUUUUAAAGAAGAAAAGUGAAGAUAAUAGAACUACCAGGCCUUUCUUUUAACCCUCAGUGGUUUCAAAAUCUAAAGAAUUGUAUCAUUUUCUUCUUCUGACUUCUGCUAAAAUUUAAUUUCAUGUUGCAGUGCACUGAAGAGGAGGGUUCCACCACUGUCCGCUCUAAAUCAGUUUUAACUAUGUUUGAAAUGGCUGGUAAGACAUUCCCACAGUAGGAUAACCUCAGAAAGAUUUCCCCACAAACAUUUAACAGAAACAUGUAUAAAAUGAACUAACUACUAUUACUGCUGCUAAAUAACACAUUGAUCAUUGCAGUCGUAAUAAUCAUCUAUAACAUUUGCAGAACAAUUAGAAUAUCAGAAAAAUAGUUCUAGUUAAUGAAUUAAAAAAAUGAAAACUAUAUUUGUCUUCUAGUGUAUUGAUGAAUGAAUGGGAUUCAGAUGUUAGUAUAAAGAUUAAACGGACAACAAAAGAUAAACCAAUAAAUAAAUCAUCAAUAAAUUGAUUAAAAUCGCCGUUUCGGGCAUAGUUGGUAUAGCAGCAGUGCAGUUAGUCCCCACAUGAUCAUCAUAUUUUCUAAGUUAUUUUUACCAGAUGGUUUAAUGAAACCAGGAAGGCCUUGCCGUUCGCAAAGAUUUUCAAAAUAUUUAUGUUUAUGCUUGAAAAAAGAUAAUUAUCCACCUUCCAGCCCGUAUUAAUGUAUUCAGACUUUUUUCUGUAAGUGAGAUGAAUAUACCGACCUAACAAAAACCUAGAAUUCUUAAACAAAUACCUCUACAUUCCUCUGUUCUCUUUAGCCCUGCUAAGGCAUUUUUGGAGGGUUUCUCUGGUUCAAGCAUAGCCCAACUCAGAGGAAGGGACAGUUGUAUCUCAUGUUCUG